AUGGCGAAGGUCUUUGAUUACGCCGAAGUUGCAAAGCACAACACAUCAGAAAGUUGCUGGGUAGUCUUAUACGGCAAUGUCUACGACGUAACGCGCUUCCUGCCCGAGCACCCCGGCGGAUCUAAGGUCAUCCUCCAGCUCGCAGGCAAGGACGCGACGGAAGAAUACGAUCCUAUCCACCCUCCAGGCAUCCUCGAAGAAAACCUUCAGGCUUCGGACAAGCUCGGCACGAUCAACCCAGACACACUACCAAAAGAAGAAAAGACACCAUUGGAGACUGGCGAGGCGCAACAAGACGGGCCUGUGGACCUGGAGAGUCUUUUGAACAUCGACGAGAUUGAAGAGGUGGCGACGAAGAAGAUUCCGUACAAAGCAUGGGCAUAUUACUUUUCUGCAAGCGAUGAUCUGCAGAGCAAAUCGUUCAACAACAAGGUGUACAGGAGCAUACUACUACGGCCACGGGUGUUUGUCGACUGCACACGCUGCGAUACCUCGACAACCUUUCUUGGCCACAAUGUUAAAAUUCCUAUAUAUGUUUCUCCCGCUGCAAUGGCCAGGCUUGCACAUCCAGACGGCGAGUGGGGUAUAGCGCAGGCAUGCGAGAAGUACGGUGCCAUGCACCUCAUAUCGCAAAAUGCAUCUAUGACACCCGAGCAAAUUGUUGCAGAUGCGAAGCCAGGCCAGGUUUUUGGAUGGCAACUAUACGUUCAGAACGAGCGGCAAAAGAGCGAAGCUAUGCUUGCUCGUAUGAACAAGCUUGAUUGCAUUAAAUACAUCUGUCUCACACUCGACGCGCCGGUUCCAGGAAAACGCGAACACGACGAGCGCAGCAAAAACGUUAGCUCCAACUUGCCUCUCCGUGCAGCCGUGCAGGAAUCUCAGAGCGUAAGCAAGACAUCAACUGAUGCAAAGACACCAACACAAGCAAGCGAGAAUGAAAAGCCCAAACCAAAGAGCAUGGGCGUGGGACAGAGUUUGUUCUGGGGCACAGCGGCGGACUUGACAUGGCGCUCUACACUACCCUGGCUCAAGAAGCACACGGACAAGCCGAUUGUGCUCAAGGGCAUCCAAACACACGAAGAUGCCUACCUUGCUUCGCUCCAUGCGCCCCACGUCAAGGCUAUUAUUCUUUCCAACCACGGUGGUAGAGCGCUGGACACGGCGCCACCUGCCGUACACACGUUGUUGGAGAUCCGAAAGUACUGCCCAGAAGUCUUUGACCGCAUCGAGGUCUGGGUCGACGGAGGCAUCAAGCGCGGAACAGACGUUGUUAAAGCACUUUGUCUAGGCGCCAAGGGCGUAGGUCUCGGUCGGGCUGCGCUAUUUGGUCUUGGAGCAGGAGGCAAAGAAGGUGUGGAAAGGGUUCUUGAAAUUCUCAAGGCGGAAACAGAAACAUGCAUGCGAUUACUUGGUGUGGAGAAGAUUGAGCAACUCGGUAUGCAGCAUAUUAAUACGAGGGCUGUUGAGCGCGAUAUCUGGGAUGGUCCGAUGCUGGAGCGAGCAGAGGUUAAAGCUAAGCUGUAG